AUGACGGCUUCAAACCCUGAUCCAGAGCUCGCUAACGAGAAGCGUGGCAUGGUGAGCACGACGCCAUCCACAGAUGAAAACAUGAGCUCGAGUGGGCAGCCCGACACAUCGAUGUCCUCCCUCAAGAAGCUCAACAACCGUAUUGAGGGGCUCGCUGGCCUCGAGGCAAGAGGCAUUGAUCGUGUCUUGCCCAGUGAACGUCAGGCUCCAUCCCAUGCCGCUGAUCUUCAGGUCGCUGUGCUGUGGUUCAGUGCCAACCUGUCGCUCAACAACCUCGCUACCGGUCUCUUUGGUCCAAUGGUCUUUGGCUUGGGCUUCCUGGACAGCGCAUUGCUUGCCGUCUUUGGAACUAUUCUUGGCUCUUGUUCGACUGCAUACAUGGCAACAUGGGGGCCGCAGAGCGGUAACCGAACCAUGGUCGUCUUGCGUUAUUUUAUGGGAUACUGGCCGGCCAAGCUGCCGACUCUUCUUAACGUCGUUCUCAUGGUUGGAUACACGACGAUUGACUGCAUUAUUGGUGGUCAGGUCCUCUCUGCCGUGAGCGGUGGGAGCAUGACAAUCCAAGUGGGCAUCAUCGUCGUUGCCAUUGUGACAUUGACCAUCGCCGUCUUUGGCAUGCGCAUCUUUCACAAAUACGAACAAUAUGCCUGGAUCCCUCAGGUCGUUGUCCUCGCUGUUCUCAUCGGAACUGCCGGUCCAUACUUCGACGCUGCUGCCGAGCCUACCGUCACUGGCUCUACCCUUGCUGCCAACCGUCUCUCCUUUUUCACUCUCUGCUUUUACGUCCCCAACUCGUGGGCCGCUGCCGCCUCCGACUUUUACGUCUACUACCCCGAGCGCACUUCUCGUCUCAAGAUCUUUCUCCUUACCACCACUGGCCUCACACUCUCUUUCAACCUUGUGUACCUCAUUGCCAUUGGUCUCGCUACCGGUCUUACCAACAACAAGGCCUGGACUGAUGCCAAUGCUGUCAGCACCGGUGCUUUGAUCGUCGCUGCUUAUGACCCUCUUCAUGGCUUUGGACGUUUCUGCUCCGUCAUUAUCGCGCUUGGUGUCAUCGCCAACAGCACCCCAUCUAUCUACUCUGCUGCUCUCGGAUGCCAGGUCCUUGGUCGAUAUGGAAAGGCCGUUCCUCGCUGGUUCUGGUCUUGUGUCCUUACCCUCAUUGCUUUGGUGCUCGCUAUGGCUGGCCGCGAGCAUCUACUUGUCAUCUUCCAGAACUUUGUCGCCUUGAUGGGUUACUGGGUUAUGUUGAUGAUCUGCAUAGUUGGAAUGGAGCAUGCUUUCUUCCGUGGCCGCAAGGGCUUCGACUGGACUGCCUGGGAGGACAAGUCUUACCUCCCAGUUGGAUAUGCCGCCUUUGCCAGCUUUAUCCUUGGAUGGGUUGGAGCUAUUCUCGGCAUGUCCCAGGUCUGGUACAUUGGCCCCGUCUCUGAGGCUGCCUCACUGGCUGAUCUCGGCAUGUGGCUCGGGUGUGGAUUUGCUCUCGUGACUUUCCCUAUUCUGAGAUUCAUCGAGCUCAAGGUUGUCAAGCGAUGA